GCCAGAUUUGGUUCAGGUUGGAGAUGGUCUAACGAGAGUAGAGUGAAGCAAACUAGAGACAGAGAGAGAUGUCGAACGUGGUGGUGCUGGACAACGGCGGCGGGCUAAUCAAGGCGGGGAUCGGCGGCGAGCGAGAGCCAACCGCCGUGGUCCCGAACUGUGUCGGGCGGCCUCUGUCGUCGAAAAAAUGGCUUAUCGGCGACCAACUCCAUUCCCCCUCCUCCGACCUGACCUCCGCCUCCCUCCGCCGCCCUUUGGACCGUGGGUACCUGAUCAACCCCGACCUCCAACGCGACAUCUGGUCUCACAUCUUCACCUCUCUCCUCCCCCUCAAAAACCCUUCUCUCUCCUCUCUCCUCCUCGUCGAACCCCUCUUGAAUCUCCCCUCCAUUCAGCGCUCCAUCGACGAGCUCGUCUUCGAAGAUUUCAACUUCAACUCCCUCUUCGUCGCCGAUUCUCCUUCUCUCGUUCACCUCUACGAGGCCAGUCGGAGUCCCUAUGGCCUCGUUUCCAAAACCCAGACUAGUCUCGUCGUUGAUUGUGGUUUCUCUUUUACUCAUGCUGCUCCCGUUUUUCAGAAUUUUACUUUGAAUUAUGGCGUCAAGAGGCUCGAUUUGGGUGGGAAGGCUUUGACCAAUUAUCUCAAAGAGUUGGUUUCCUAUCGAUCGGUUAAUGUCAUGGAUGAGACUUUUAUUAUGGAUGAUGUCAAGGAAAAGUUGUGCUUUGUUUCGCUUGAUGUUGAGCGUGAUUUGCAGAUUGCAAGGAGUUCUGGAAGGGACAACUUAUUUAGGUGCACAUAUGUGCUUCCUGAUGGUGUUACACAUACAAAGGGUUAUAUAAAAGAUCCUGAUGAAGCACAGAGAUAUCUGAAUUUGGAGGAUGGAGCCCAAUCUCCACAGCUGAAAACAAAAGAGGGCAUGGAUCGCCUAGAGGUUCCGGGAAAAUCAAAUGACAGAAUGAAAAUUGAUCUUACAAAAAAUGAGUUUGGCUUGACAAAUGAGCGCUUCAUCGUGCCAGAAAUGAUUUUCCGCCCCGCUGAUUUGGGAAUGAACCAAGCCGGACUUGCAGAGUGCAUUGUCCGAGCAGUCAAUGCCUGCCAUCCUUAUCUUCACCCUGUACUCUAUGAGAGCAUUAUUUUGACUGGUGGAAGCACUUUAUUUCCCCGAUUUGCUGAAAGACUAGAAAGGGAGCUCCGACCUCUGGUUCCUGAUGAAUAUCAAGUGAAAAUAACGACUCAAGAAGAUCCUAUAUUGGGUGUAUGGCGAGGAGGUUCGCUUUUGGCAUCUAGUCCUGAUUUUGAAGCGAUGUGUGUCACCAAAGCUGAGUAUGAGGAGCUUGGAUCUGCUCGGUGUCGCAGGCGAUUCUUUCAUUGAAUGUCUGAAGUCUUGAAGCCUCAAGCUGAUUGAAGAAUCCAUUCAUCAUGACAUACAUACUUCUUGAUGAUGCUGGCUUCUUGGCUGUGCUUUCUAGAUCUAUAAGAGGAUGAUUUGAGCUCCCAUCCGUUGGGCUCAGAAGCAAGACAUGCUUAAGUUCGAAAAAGACCAUAAUUGGUGGCAAGCAUGCAAAAUGGGAAAGAAGCUUGUUAGAAGUGUUCGGUCUGUGCAAGCAAAUUCAUACCCACAGAGAAGGGGAGACCCUAGCGGGUGAGUCAUCCAAACUGCAGUCUGGAUCCCUAGUAAGCCUGCUGUUGCUCCACAUUAAGAGGACAUCAUGUAGUUCAUGUUACAAGUUUCUAGAUGACAGUUACUGACGUAGUUUUUUGACUUUGUUUGAUGAUCGUUCUGUUUCGGAGCAUUCCUUGAAAUUUUGCAGAUUGUUAUGUUAGGUUUUAUGCUCAUACUUGUUAGUUUUGCCAUCUGGUAUCUUCAAUAAUGGUCUCUGAAUUACCAUUAUGCAAAUUUGAAUUUUAGAGAAUAGCUAUGCUUUGUGUAGACUUUCCACAACUAAGCCAAUUUUCAACAUUUUCUCUAAUAGACAGCAUUUUGAAAUGCUCAGAUUGGUUCAGAUCAA